UUAUGGAUAAACGAACCGGAAAUCAACUGGAGGUCGGACAUGCAGCAGUUGCCAUCGGCGGAGGAAUCGAAAUUGGCGCUCCAGGCUAGGCUGGGAUUGUCACCAAGUGAUCAUCAGCGGACGCUGAAUCGCAUGGACAAGACUCCUUCAACGCCGCCUUCACACGAUGAUGGUGAUGCGAACGGUGACCUGAGCGGUGACGAGCAAAGCAUUAACAGUGACCACCAAAUAUCAUCAAGGCACGACGACGAUUCGAUGGAUUCGGAUAGAGAUGGGGCUUUAAACUUGGUGACGAGUGAAAAUGAAAUGGUAAAUAGGUCGUCUCCUAAUUCGCAGGUCACAAGUUCGAGUCCAGGUGUCGGUGCGACUUUGGCCGCGCUCAGCGGUUUAGGAGGACUUCUGGGCAAUCCUUUGAUGUUGAGCGGAUUGCAAGCCUUCCAAAACCCACCCAGUUUGCAGCAAUUACAACAACUCGCCAUGCUUCAACAAGGCCAUGGAAAUCAACUCAACACUCAAUUCUUCUUGCAAAAUCAGGGGUUUCUGCAAGGUUUUUCACGUCCAAGUAUGCCAGCUAGACCUCAGCACACAAUGCAGAUCGCCCAAGCCGCCCAACAGCUGCAGCAACUUCAGAAAGCGCAGCAACAACAACAACAGCAUCAGCAACAGCACCAAAAUUCUAACCAGCACAACACCAGUAUUCCAUCAAAUGGACAAGCCCCGCAAACACAGACCACCCCUCCAAAUAACGCGCACAUACCGGCAAGUCUGCUUACGCCGAGCACCCCAAGUUCCGGAGGCUUAACUCCGCAGCACAUGAAAACACAAUCGCGUCUCCUCGAACCUAGUCCCGAAGAAACCACAGACUUGGAGGAGCUCGAACAGUUUGCCAAGACAUUCAAGCAGAGACGGAUAAAGUUAGGUUUCACUCAGGGCGACGUCGGAUUAGCGAUGGGAAAAUUAUAUGGAAACGAUUUCUCUCAAACGACUAUAUCUCGUUUCGAAGCGCUCAACCUUAGCUUCAAAAACAUGUGCAAGCUGAAGCCGUUGCUGCAGAAGUGGCUCGAAGAUGCUGACAGUACUCUAACAAAUCCAGGAGCACUGAGCAACCCGAUGACUACUCCAGAAGCAAUUGGCAGGCGCCGCAAGAAGCGCACUUCCAUCGAAACAAGUGUCCGUGUUGCUCUCGAAAAAGCCUUCAUCCAGAACCCGAAACCGACCUCCGAGGAGAUAACCAUGUUGGCCGACGGUCUCUGCAUGGAAAAGGAAGUCGUGCGGGUUUGGUUCUGCAACAGGAGACAAAAAGAGAAAAGAAUCAAUCCACCUUCUGCAGCCAUGGGUUCACCCGUAUCUGUAGGUAACUCGAACGGUGCCAUGUUCGCAAUAAAUUCACUAGCCACUAGCCCGCUUUCCUUAGUAACCUCCAGCGGACACAAUUUUAAUCCGAACAUGAUGGUUAAACAGGAAUGACCUCACGUCAAUUUCUUCGCUGACCAUUAUAUCGACUAAAAAAAAAACACCCUCUACUAUUAAUUACUUUUUUAAGUGUUGUGCAAUGAACUUAAUCAUAUUUCCCGGUUAAAUAUAUGUUAUGUAAUAUGUUUAAUUAUUUCUUCUU